AUGGAGAGCGGGCGGCGCGGCUCCGUCACGGCCCUCCUGCAGCAGGCGCCCGAGUACUACUCGCCGCCGAGCCCCAGCGACUACCCCGAGCCCGAGGCCGACUGCUGGGACGACCUCCGCCCGCGCCAGAGGAAGGCGCAGAAGCGAAGGACGUCGGAGGCGAAGGCGAAGAAGGAGGAGAGCGCAGGCGAGGAGGCUGCCGAGGGCGCCGCCGCGAAGAAGAAGGAGAAGGACAAGGGCGUCGGGAAGAAGGGCGCCCUGUCGACGGCGGCGCUCCUCGGGCCGAAGAAGGGCGCGGCGGAGGCGAAGAAGGAGGAGGGGGGCAAGGGGAAGAAUAAGAAGGCGGCGAAGACAGGCAAGAAGCAGGGCGAGCAGGACGGCGACGAGAACGGACAGGAGAAUCCGCCGCCGCAGCCGGUGUUUAUGCGAGGCUGUUCGUCCGCGUACCAGAAGGCCGUGGAGCAGGUGCGAGGGACGGCGGUGGUGGCCAACAUCGUGGUCCUCGGGAUGCCUGGGGGGGACAGUGGCCAGAGGAAGGAGAUGCAGAAGCUCCUCUCGUCUAGCCAGAUGGAUAGGAGUUCCUUCGUGGCCAUGGCAGCUUCCAGGAUGAGGAUGAAGGGCACCAAGGAGGAUGACGACCUCGCUGAGUUCGUGGCUUUCCCUAAAGAACUGAAAAAGCAGGAGAAACCAAGACAAGGGAAGAAGUUAUUCGAAGACGCUUACAUCAAUACCUGGAGUCACUCCAUACUCCCAGCUGAUGAAUCUUUGUUCGCGAUCACGUUCAACUCCGCGGAAAAGGAGCGAGCCCGCACGCCGCCCCGCCUGACCAAACAGAAGAGCGUCGAGGAGCGCACGGAGAUGAACCCGGCCGAGUGGCUCGACUGGCGGAGCGUGCACGACCGCGUGGACGAGUGGCUGAAGGAGAACUGCCGGGUGGAGGCGGACGAGUCGCACCUGGUGGCCCUGCUGCAGGACCUGGACCCGAAGAAGGGGCAUUUCUUCCGAUGAGAGCGCCGUGGUUUGGGGACGAGGGAGAGGGACGUGCCAAAGAUUGUUUUGGGG